GCGGGGGUGAGCGCGGGGCCCUCCGCUCCCCCGGGCGAGGAUGCUGGGGGGCGAUGCCCGCCGCCAGGGAGGACGAGCUGUGCCACAGGGCGCUGCGGCUGCUGGGCGAGCUGUGCUCCAGCGGGGCGGUGGACCACCACCACUGCCUCGACUUCAUCCACGCCCUCCGCGACCGCGCCCGGACCCGCGGCCACGACGCAGAUAUCUCCGUGAGCCUGCUGUCGCUUAUGGUGACAGCCUGUGGACUGGCUCUCUUCGGGGUGUCUCUGUUCGUGUCCUGGAAGCUCUGCUGGCUCCCUUGGCGGGACCGGGGCUUCUUCUCAGGGCCCAAGGACGACAAUCAGGAGCCCCUCAACUACACGGACACAGAGACCAAUGACCACGAGAACAGCGAGGACUAUCUGGGUCACCCCACCUCCUUCCCUGAGCCCUCCAUGAAGAUCAGCCACACGUCCCCCGAUAUCCAGCUGGACGCCCAGGCGGGGACCAAGGAGAACUGCGUCCACAGCGUUCGUGUGCAGCGUCAGAUAACCGAGCCCACCUCUUCCACCCGGCACAAUUCGAUUCGCAGACAACUCAAUCUCUCAAAUCCGGACUUCAACAUCCAGCAACUUCAGAAGCAGGAGCAGCUGACGGGGAUCGGACGCAUCAAGCCCGAGCUGUACAAGCAGAGGUCCGUGGAUACAGAUGACGGGCGGAGGACCAACAGCCGAGCCUGUGGGAGACUCAAUUUCAUUCUGAAAUAUGACUGCGACUUGGAACAGCUGAUCGUGAAGAUCCACAAGGCCGUGAACCUGCCUGCCAAGGACUUCUCGGGCACUUCGGACCCCUACGUCAAGAUCUAUUUGCUCCCCGACCGGAAAACGAAACACCAGACCAAAGUCCACAGGAAGACGCUCAACCCGGUGUUUGAUGAAAUUUUUUUAUUUCCCGUCCCCUACAGUGGCCUCUCCACCCGGAAACUUCACUUCUCCGUCUAUGACUUUGACAGGUUCUCCCGUCACGACUUGAUUGGCCAAGUGAUUGUGGAUAAUUUUUUAGACUUGGCUGACUUCCCAAGGGAGUGUCAUCUUUGGAAGGACAUCGAAUAUGUCACCAACGACAACGUGGAUCUGGGAGAUUUGAUGUUUUCCCUCUGCUAUCUUCCAACUGCCGGCAGGCUGACGAUUACAAUUAUAAAGGCAAGAAAUCUAAAGGCAAUGGAUAUCACAGGAGCCUCAGAUCCCUAUGUGAAGGUGUCUUUAAUGUGCCAAGGCCGACGGCUCAAGAAGAGAAAAACGUCCACCAAGAGAAACACCCUCAAUCCUGUUUACAAUGAAGCCAUAGUCUUUGACGUGCCCCCAGAAAACAUUGACCAAAUUAACCUGUCAAUCGCUGUUAUGGAUUAUGACCGUGUAGGUCACAACGAAGUCAUCGGCGUGUGUCAAGUAGGCAACGAUGCGGAGAGGUUGGGCCGGGACCACUGGAGCGAGAUGCUGUCCUACCCUCGGAAGCCAAUCGCUCACUGGCACUCGCUGGUUGAGUAAUCGCUCUCAGGAUCCCCCAUCCAAACCACGGGCCUGACGCAAUGGUGGUAACCCUGUCUCUGAAAGGAAGAGGCCAGUCGAGGGC